UAACGUGGAAGUCGGACUCGCCGGCCGGCCUAGGAGCUGGGGGCGCGCGUGGGGGUGACCGUGGUCUUCGCGGCGGGGCUCGGCCCUUCGUGGGAGGGAGUGAUGGGGAGCGCGGGCGCCGGGGAGCGGGCGCCGGUGUAGUCCGCGCGACACCUGGCUCGGAGCGCGGCGGCGGCGGCGGCGGGGAAGCCUGUGAGGGCCGCCGCCCCGAGCGGCCGGCCUUCGGCGCCAUGGCCCCCAUGGGCAUCCGCCUUUCCCCGCUGGGGGUGGCCGUAUUCUGCCUGCUGGGGCUCGGCGUGCUCUACCAUCUCUAUUCGGGCUUUCUGGCCGGCCGCUUCAGCCUUUUCGGCCUGGGCGGCGAGCCGGGCGGCGGAGCGGCGGGGCCCGCGGCCGACGGGGGCACCGUAGACUUGCGGGAGAUGCUGGCCGUGUCCGUGCUGGCGGCCGUCCGCGGCGGCGACGAGGUGAGGCGCGUCCGCGAGAGCAACGUCCUCCACGAGAAGUCCAAGGGGAAGACGCGCGAGGGAGCCGAGGACAAGAUGACCAGCGGCGACGUACUGUCCAACCGCAAGAUGUUCUACCUGCUCAAGACCGCGUUCCCCAGCGUGCAGAUAAAUACUGAAGAACAUGUGGAUGCAGCUGAUCAGGAGGUUAUCUUAUGGGAUCAUAAGAUUCCUGAGGAUAUACUGAAGGAAAUAACUACCCCUAAAGAGGUACCAGCAGAAAGUGUUACUGUCUGGAUUGACCCACUUGAUGCUACACAGGAAUAUACAGAGGAUCUUCGAAAGUAUGUCACUACAAUGGUGUGUGUGGCUGUAAACGGUAAACCUGUCCUAGGAGUAAUACAUAAGCCAUUUUCUGAAUAUACAGCUUGGGCAAUGGUAGAUGGUGGUUCCAAUGUGAAAGCCCGCUCUUCCUACAAUGACAAGACCCCAAGGAUCGUUGUGUCUCGCUCCCAUUCAGGGAUGGUCAAACAGGUUGCUCUGCAGACUUUUGGAAACCAGACUAUAAUUAUUCCUGCUGGUGGUGCUGGUUAUAAGGUUUUAGCACUCUUGGAUGUGCCUGAUAAGAGUCAAGAAAAAGCUGACCUGUAUAUCCAUGUAACAUACAUCAAAAAGUGGGAUAUAUGUGCUGGCAAUGCCAUCUUAAAAGCCCUUGGAGGGCAUAUGACUACCCUCAGUGGUGAAGAAAUCAGUUAUACCGGUUCUGAUGGCAUUGAAGGAGGACUCCUCGCUAGUAUCAGAGUGAACCACCAGGCUCUGGUCAGAAAACUCCCAGAUCUAGAAAAGACAGGACAUAAGUAAGCAUAACUGAUUACAGGGCGCAACUCUUCCAGAGCUGAAAUAGCCAGGAACGCUGGAAGCUUCAGAGAAUUGGUGGAGACUAUGCAUGGUUAAGGCCAUCAUGAACUUUUUAAAGUAUUUAUGAAGCAUCAGAGACUUAUUUUCCCUGUAACGAAUGCAAGAUCAGGGAAAAUGGGUUGCUUUGUGUGUCAGGUAUUGUCUUUAUUUUUGAGACUAUUUUCGUACAGUUGUCAUACACAAGGCACAUAUAUAUAUUUGUGAAUUAAAAUCUGUAGCUGUCUA